AUCUUCAUUUCUCUUUUAGCAUUUCCAGAAAGCUAACAUAGGUGCUGUGGUUGGCUUAAUGCAGCUGCAGCUCAGUGCUGUGCAGCCCUUCAGCUGCCCCCUGUCCAGCUCCCUCAGUUUUGUAGUUCUCACACAGUGCUGUGUGGUUUGGGACGUGUCCUGGGCCAGCUCAGGUCAGCUCUCCUGGCCCUGUCCCCUCCCAGCCCCUCACAGGGCACAGUGAGGAGCUGAAGCAUCCUUGGCUCCAUACUGCACAGCAACAACUGAAACAUCAGUGUUCUAUCAGCAGCUUCUUUCUCUUAAAGCCAAAACACAGCAUUGUAUCACAUGCUAUGAUGAAAAUCCACUCUGUCCCAGCUGAAACCAGGACAGUGCCUAAUUUGAUAACUUUUGGGUAAUGUUUUCAGAUACACUGCUUUUAUUUUCCAGAGCCUUUCUUGAUAAGCGUUUAGUCCUUCCAAAAACGUCAAGAUUCGUCCCACUUUUUGUGUGUAUUUACUUAUCUUUACUGCAAACCAUUCACGUGGUGCUUCAUAUUCUCCCAUGUCAGCAGAAUGACACAGUUUAAGCACCUUUUGCUUCAAUGCUAUGAUUUUAGCCUGAAGAUGGAAGGAUCGAGGAGUUCUUCAGCUCUUGCAUUUAUUCUUCUUUAAGACACAUGUUGCUUUUCCUAGUAAUAACAGACAAGGCCAACAGCAGGAAAUACUUUUCUUAGAACUAGAAGAUGCAUCCAGCAUACUGAUAAGCAAAUGAAAGAUGUUCUGUGAAAAUUCAGCAUUUGUGGUCAAAGUCACAGCGUGUGGUCAGCUGUACUUAUGAGCCAUGAGGAAGUCUGUAUUCUGAGGAACACUCAUGUAAGUUCCUGAGCGCUGUGCCAAUCACCACCUGGCACCCCUCCCUGUGUGGGGUAUGUCUCACUGUUUACCUUUUAUUGCAAUGGGAAGUUUUUGAGUACAUGCCCUGGUUGCUUGUUCUGUGCUUGGUAAUCUGGAUGGGUGUAAGCGUUAUUUCAAAGCUGCAUGUUUUUGUUACCAGCCACAGUUUUGAUAAGAAAAUGGGAGUCAAGCGUUAGAAAACACAGACAGUAUUCCUGCUAAUACAUACUCUCAGCCUAUCAUUUUGUCUUUUUCCAGUGAAGUGUGGGUCUUCUCAGGGUUGCUCAGUGUGUGUUUUGUUUCUAAGAGUUGGUCAGGGCUUGGAUGGAGCACAUGAGGCCCUGGAAUACAGGUGCUGGGUGUGACGUCCCUUUGUGCUGUAGCCCUGCAGCUCUGCUGUGUUAGUGGCCUCACAACUGGCCCUUGUGCAGUCUGAUUGUGAACAGCUGCUGACACAUGCAGGUGUCCCUGUGGCUGCCAGCCAUUUGCUGCCUUUCCCUGCCUCUCUUCGGAUGCUACCAGUGUUUGAACUCCCUGCAGAACUCUGACCCAUGUUGAGGUGGGAAUGUUCAGGCCAUGCCAGCAAGUGGAAUUCUUCAGUUUGUAGAAGACAGAAUACAGAGUACUAUGCUGACUGGAAUUGCCAUUGGAGCUGCAGUUGCACUGUUCCUGAUAGGAAUUGUUGUGUUCGUCAUUUACAGAAGAGUGAAACAAUCCAAACAACUUCAGCCACAUGGUCGUCAAUACAGAUUUCGCAAGCGAGACAAAGUGAUGUUCUAUGGGCGGAAGAUCAUGAGAAAGGUUUCAACUCUUCCCAACACUCUGGUUGGGAACACUGUGCCUCGCCAAAGGAUGAGGAAACGGGCCAAAGUUUUAAGUUUGGCUAAAAGGUUUCUGCGUAUUAAGAAAGAAUGUCCAACUCUGCAGCCAAAAGAGCCACCUCCCUCUCUGCUAGAGGCAGACCUGACAGAAUUUGAUGUAAAGAAUUCUCAUUUGCCAUCAGAAGUCCUUUACAUGCUUAAAAAUGUUAGGGUUCUUGGUCACUUUGAGAAGCCCCUUUUUCUGGAAUUGUGCAAGCACAUGUUUUUUGUGCAGUUGCAUGAAGGAGAAUACAUCUUCCGUCCUGGGCAGCUGGAUAACAGCAUCUAUGUUGUGCAAGAUGGAAAGCUGGAAGUUUGCGUUCAAGAAAGUGAUGGCACAGAAGUGAUUGUUAAGGAGGUGCUGGCAGGAGACAGUGUCCACAGUCUUCUCAGCAUUCUAGAUGUCAUCACGGGUCACCCUGCUCCAUACAAAACAGUCUCAGCCCGGGCAGCCACUCCAUCCAAUAUACUGCGACUGCCAGCAAGUGCCUUUCAAGAUAUCUUCCAGAAAUAUCCUGAAACCCUUGUUAGAGUGGUACAGAUCAUCAUGGUGAGGCUGCAGAGGGUGACAUUCCUUGCCUUGCACAACUACCUUGGGCUGACUACUGAACUCUUCAAUUGUCAGAACCAAGCUAUCCCACUGGUCUCUGUGGCAAGUGUCACAUCUGGAGGAAGUUCAAGUAAAGCAGUAAAAAGACAAAUGUCCAAUGUAUCAGAGGAGGAGCGUGGAGAGAAGUUUGAGAAAGCUGGGGAAGCAUCAGAAAUGGAUGCAUUGAAGAUUUCUGGUACAGAAAACCCUGAGCAUAUUUUCAGGAGAAGCCUUUCUUCACCCCCCUCUACAGAGACUUCUGGUACUUCCAGCGGUGCGAAGUCGGACAUGGGCAUGGCAUAUGAGAGAGCCAGAGUGCACUUCAGCCCAGAGGAGGCUUCCAGCAGUCCUGCUGUGGGCAAGUCCAUACUGAAGAAGACUGUGACAGUGACAAAAACUCCUUUAGCAGUGUUCCAUUACACUGAUCGUGAGCUUGCUGCACAGGAAUCCUCUAGUAGCAAACCCAUCAAUGCCAUCUUCGAAGCAGCGAAGAAAGACCUUUCAACCUUGAUGAAACUUGAUGAUCCUUCCUUGCUGAAUGACAGAGUGACACUGCAUCAGGUUACUGCUGGGACUGUGCUGUCAAGGCAGGGAGAUCAGGAUGUUAAUGUUUGCUUUGUGGUCUCGGGGAUGCUUCACGUGUACCAACAGAAGAUCGACUCUGAGGAGGACACCUGCCUGUUCAUUACUCACCCAGGAGAACUCGUGGGCCAGCUUGCUGUUCUCACUGGGGAACCACUGAUUUUCAGCAUCAAGGCCAAUCGAGACUGCAUCUUCCUGUCUAUUUCCAAGUCCCACUUCUAUGAGAUAAUGCGAGAGCAGCCAAGUGUUGUGCUCGGCGUGGCCCACACUGUUGUAAAGAGAAUGUCCUCCUUUGUGAGGCAAAUUGACUUUGCCCUGGAUUGGAUGGAAGUUGAGGCUGGACGAGCUGUAUACAGGCAGGGUGACAAGUCAGACUGCACAUACAUCGUCUUGAACGGACGACUGCGCUCCGUCAUACGGAUGGAUGAUGGAAAGAAGCACCUGACUGGUGAAUAUGGCCGAGGAGACUUAAUUGGAGUGGUAGAGGCACUAACCCAUCAGCCUAGAGCCACAACAGUUCAUGCCGUCAGAGAUUCAGAACUUGCCAAACUCCCAGAGGGAGCCCUGACAUCUAUCAAACGCAGAUUCCCCCAGGUUGUGACCAGACUUAUUCACUUGCUGGGCGAGAAGAUCCUUGGCAGCCUUCAGCAGGGAGGCCAUCCUUUUGGAUUGCACAGCUCAAGCAGCAAGUGGGAUGCUGGAAAUCCUGCCAGCAAUCUCUCCACAAUAGCAAUUAUGCCGGUGUCUGAAGAGGUGCCACUUACUGCUUUCACUCUGGAGCUCAAGCAUGCUCUCAAUGCUGUGGGUCCUGCCUUGCUGCUCACAAGUGAUAACAUCAAACAGCGGCUGGGUUCUGCUGCGCUGGAUAGCAUCCAUGAGUACCGACUGACGAGCUGGUUGGGCCAGCAGGAGGACAUCCACCGCAUCGUCCUGUACCAGGCAGACAGCACCCUUACUCCAUGGACUCAACGCUGCAUCAGGCAGGCUGACUGCAUCUUGAUAGUAGGGCUGGGAGACCAGGAGCCCACUGUUGGAGAGCUGGAGAGGAUGCUGGAGAACACAGCGGUCCGAGCCCAGAAGCAGCUGAUUCUGCUCCAUAAGGAGGAUGGACCUCUCCCUUCCCGAACUGUGGAAUGGCUCAAUAUGAGGAGCUGGUGUUCUGCACAUCUUCAUAUCCACUGCCCACGAAGAGUGUUUUCCAAAAGAAGCUUGCCAAAGCUGAUAGAGAUGUAUGAACGUGUGUUCCAGAAGCCAUCAGACCGCCACUCAGACUUCUCUCGCCUGGCUCGUGUUCUGACUGGAAAUGCCAUUGCCCUGGUCCUUGGUGGUGGGGGAGCCAGGGGCUGCUCCCAGGUCGGGGUUAUCAGGGCGCUGAUUGAAGCUGGCAUCCCUGUGGAUAUGAUUGGAGGAACGUCCAUCGGUGCCUUCAUGAGUGCUCUGUACGCAGAAGAACGCAGCUACAAUCAGAUGAGGAUCAAAGCCAGGCAGUGGGCCAUGGUUAUGAAUUCAGUGUUUAGGACUAUUGUAGACUUGACGUAUCCAAUAACCUCAAUGUUUUCUGGAGCAACUUUUAACAAGAGCAUCAGCAGCAUCUUCAAGGACAAACAGAUUGAGGAUCUGUGGAUUCCUUACUUCACGAUCACAACUGACAUCACUGCCUCAGCAAUGAGGGUCCACACUGACGGCUCUCUGUGGAGGUACAUCCGUGCCAGCAUGUCUCUCUCUGGGUACAUGCCCCCACUCUGCGACCCGAAGGAUGGGCACCUCCUGAUGGAUGGAGGUUAUGUCAACAACCUUCCUGCUGAUGUGGCGAGGUCCAUGGGUGCGAAGGUGGUGAUAGCCAUCGAUGUGGGGAGCCGGGAUGAGACCAACCUCACCAACUAUGGCGACUGCUUGUCUGGCUGGUGGCUGCUCUGGAAGAGGUGGAAUCCACUGGCUGAGAAAGUCAAGGUGCCAAACCUGGCAGAGAUCCAAACACGGCUCGCGUACGUGUGCUGCGUGCGGCAGCUGGAGAUGGUGAAGAGCAGCGACUACUGCGAGUACAUCCGGCCCCCCAUCGACCGCUACGGCACGCUGGAUUUCGGGAAGUUUGAUGAAAUCUGUGAAGUGGGAUAUCAGCAUGGGAAAACUGUAUUUGGUGUCUGGUCCAGGAGCGACGUCCUCGACAAGAUGCUACGAGACAGACAAGAGACUUACAAAACCAAAACUUCUGAUAAUGUGACCUAUCCCAGCACCUCUUUCACGGAUCUGGCAGAAAUUGUGUCCAGGAUUGAGCCAGUGAAAGCUGCCGUGGCUGAUGAUGAGUCAGACUACCAGACUGAGUACGAGGAAGAAGUUCUGGACAACCAGAAGGAUGAUUAUAUUCAUUUCAUACGGAACCAGGCUGAAGAUGAGACUGACUCGGAUGAAGAUGUACAGAUAAGAAAGCGCAAGAAUCUUCCAAACGUGGACUGCCAGGCAAGCAGCACGGGAGAGCCAGCCUAGCACCGAGUGCAACAGCUGUAUCUUGUGUGUAUUUACAUACAUUAAAAGAAAAGAAAACAUCUAGAUGAGAUUAAACAAGCUUUCGUCUUUCUCCAGGCAGGGUGUGUGGCAUCCAGCUGCCAGCACUAAGCACCAGCUCUGGGCUGUGCUGGCACAGCGGCUGGUCCUUCCUCACUCUGGGUCUGGCAGAGUGGGAACACGUUGGGGACGUGCAGUCAGUGCUCCUUUGGCUGCUGCAUGUUUUACUUAUUGGUUUUACUGCAAGGCCCAAAGAAUCAUGGAAUGUCGUCCUGCUGUGUCUGUUGAUGAAAGGCUCCAUGCAGCUGCACUGGAGAGAGGAGGGGAUUUGCAGAGGAGAGCGUUGCUGCUUACUUUUCAUACGAAUCAGGUAACUGUGAUUAACUCCUCAGUGACUUGCAGUCAGGUACCUGUGAGCAGUGCUCUGACUGGAGCCACUCUGAAUGUAUUUAACUUCCAAUCUCAAGCCAAGAAAUCAAUUAACAUGAACACUAGGAAACGUGUAUCCUUACGCCAUCAGCAGAACAUUUACAGACAAAUCAUAGUGCUGACUUUCGCCAGGCAACUCUGGAGUCCCUGCUUGGCUGUAUUUGCCCUGACAAAUAAAGUUAUUCUGUGGAUUUAAA